UAGGUCUGCUCUAUUUAAUUCUGAAGCACAUGGUUGACAGAUACAACAUCUACUAUGCAUACGUUCCCACCAAACUCAGCCAGCGGAUCCACAGAGCCGCCGUCAGCCAGGUGGUCCUGGCUCCCAUCCUCUGCAUGUUCUGGCUGCUCUUCUUCUCUAUGCUCAGAUUAGGUCCAGUGCAUCCCAUCACCCUCUUCACCUUAGUGUCCCUGCUCUCGUGUAUUGCCUUUUCCCUCUUCCGCUUGUGCCUUAGGAAGCAACCAGACAAGUCAACAAGUUACCAGAUGUCUGAUCAGCCUGCAGAGGGGACGUUCACUGACGCAGACAGGAGCACUGUAACAUCCACCACUGCCUCCAAUCUGUUUGUGGCGUCCGUGCUGCUGGAGCCAGAGCUGGCUCUGACUCCCAUGCCCUCCCCGGCCCACCACAGCUACGGCGCCAUGGCGAGCUCCCAGAGUUCAAGCCACGGCCCGGCGGAAGAAGAGUGUGAGGAAGGAAACACCCAAACCCUUGAGACUGAGCUCCAAGACCCACCAGUCCCCUACUUGUCCAGCCCACUCAUGGACAGCACUGUGGGCUUCCAGUAACACCAAAUCCCCCAAGCUGAUUCAAUGCGUCCUUCACCUGGGGAACACAGAUUGCUUAAUGCUGCAAAGCUGCGUUUUUCGCUUCUGACCUCAGACUCCAACUUUGCUGCCUCAGACCCCCGAGACCAGACUGCGCUUAGGAAGAAUAAAGAACCAGAAGAGGAACAAAUACAGGAGCAGGGUCCAUGUAAACAUCACUAUAAAUAUACAAACAUAUUCUGAAGCUGUCACCUGGACCCAAACAUCAAACUAAUAGAUAUCCCUUAGUGUACAAUUUACUUUCUCUGAUUGCUCCAUGACAGGGAUCCCAGCUUCGUGUAUGGCUUCAUUUGCAAGUUAAAAAGGUAAGGUGAAGUAACGAAAGUGACUGGGGUGGAAAUGCCUUUGGGUUGCUAUCAGAGAGACUCUGUCCAUGCUGUGCCACUUGGACAUGAGCGGAGGUGAAAGUUCCCAUGAGUGUGGGUGGUGUGAGCAGGCUUGCCCCGGCAGACUGACAGUGUGGUCUGGGCACGGGUGAAAUCUGGUUCCUCGGCGGUGGAGCUCACAAGGCUGAGGGUGAGGGCAGCUAGUUGUGAAGCCAUCUGCAGUGAGAGAGCAGACAGACGGAGGGCCUAAUCCUAAUGUAACUCAGAGACUACUGUAAUAUAUUUGAACACUCUCACCAAGGAGGCACAAGCAGCUUGACUGUACCUGAAGCUUGUUGUAAACUAUCAAUUUAAGGUUGCUAUUUUUGCUACAGUAUUUUUGGUGUCAUUGAUAUUGUGCUUUGGGUUGGGGAUGAAGACGAAUGGAGAUUGUUUACGGAUUAGCAGAGCUGUCCUGUCUUAAUCAGAGUAUUUCUUUGUUAUGCUGUUUUAACUGUGUAUGUGAUCUAACAGCAUUGUUUUUAUUUAUUUGUUUUAAAGUAAUGGUUCAAAAUUUUUUCAAUUCAUGCAACUAUUAUGUCUGCAUAGUCAACAUGAAGUUACAGACAUCAGCUAAUUAGCUUAGCUUAGCACAAAGACUGGAAACAGAGGCAAAGCGCUGGCAAGAGAUAGAGAUAUUAUGUCUUUGUUGAUACCAGAAAACUCAAGUGUAGUUUUACUCCAUUUUUUAUGGUUUGAACAAAUAAGACAUAGCAAUGGGUUUUAGAGGUGCAUGAUGGUAUUUUUUUAAACUUUUGGACAGACUCCAGUCUUCAUGCUAAGCUACGCUUGCUGGCAAUAGCUCUAAAUUUAA